UCAAAAGUGACAGCUUUCAAAACUUCACAGCAGAUUUCAGAACAUUUACCGCAACUCUGGAGAGAAGAAUCAAAAGACUGGGAUGUGUCGACGGGCUGUGCGCGAGUGGCUGGUGCUGCUGACCAUGGAGAAGUACAUCGAAAGGUUUUUAGAGCGGGGAUACGACAGUAUUGCCAGCUGUAAGCUCAUUGUCGGCAGCGACCUGGUAAUGCUGGGAGUGGAUGAUGCCACGCACCGGAAGCUCCUGCUCGACGGAGUGCAGUUCCUGAACAACGCGCCCGAGAGAUUUACUUGCAAGGAGCCAUGCGAGCUUCAUCACCAUCUCGACUCGUAUGUGGAUGCUGGCCUCAAAUUUGAUGCCUCCAAAUGCUGGGAAAGUUUGAAUUUCCCAAAAUCACCGGAUAGAGAGGAAGUGGACCCACUUUCGGAGCGUUUGAUUUCACCAAAGACUGCCAAAAGAGCUUUAAAUCAGGAAUUCGACGAGUUGAAUGUGGAGGAAGUCUCGCAGUUUCCAUCCGAUGUCGCUAACAUGAAACUACGUCUGAAUAACCCCCUCCAAAUUGAAAAAUGA